UUUUGUAAUUAUAAAUUAAAUUACUGCCUAUGAUCUGACAUUGUCAUCCUCUGCACUGAUCUAAUCUUCAACGCUCUGAAUCACGCUUUAUUUUCUACUCAAUUGAGAAGCAAUGGCAGAAGGGAUCAUCUCCAACGUAGCAGGGGAACUCAUUACAAAACUGGGUUCUCGACACAUUCGUACGAUUGGCUUAUGGGGAGGUGUCAAAGCUGAACUUAAGAAGCUUGAGAACACUGUUUCAAUGAUUCAAGCUGUGGUUCUUGAUGCUGAGGAGCAGUACUCAAAGAGCAACCAAGUCAAGAUUUGGGUUGAAUCGUUGAAAGAAGCAUUGUACGAUGCAGAAGACUUGUUAGAUGAAUUUUCCGCACAUGCUUUACGGCAACAAGUGAUGAAAGGGUGUGGAAUAGCGAAGGAGGUACGCCUUUUCUUUUCUAGUUCUAAUCAGUUUGCUUAUGGUCUCAAAAUGGCUUUUGAAAUCAAGGCCAUUAGAGAUAGACUAAAGGGUAUUCACGAAAAUAGAUCAAUGUUCUACUUAGAGGAGGGUUGCUUGAAGAAACAUUUAAAAUCUGAAGAAAGGGAGCAAACUCAUUCAUCUGCACCCAAAGUAGUUGUUGGUAGAGAAAAUGAUAAGAAUGAAAUUAUAAAAAUCCUAUUGUCCAACUAUGAAGAGAAUGUGUCAAUUGUUUCUAUUGUUGGUAUUGGAGGAUUAGGAAAGACAACGCUUGCUCAAUUUGUGUACAGUGAUGAGAUAAUAGAGACCCAUUUUGAGCUCAAACUAUGGGUUUCUGUUUCUGAUCAUUUUGAUGUAAGAUUAAUAGUGGCAAAGAUUUUAGAAUCUGUUACUGGUGAGAGACAUUUAGACCUUGAAAUGAAUACUUUGAAAAAUCUUCUUCAUGACAAAAUUAAUGGAAGAAAGUAUUUGCUUGUGUUGGAUGAUAUGUGGAAUGAGAACUGGGAAAGAUGGUUUCACUUGAAGGAAUUGUUGGCUGGUGGUGCUAGAGGAAGUAGAAUACUGGUAACGUCACGCCUAAAAAAUGUUGCAGACAUGAUACAGUCGGAUUCGAUCUAUGAAUUAAAAGGUCUAAAUGAUGUUCAUUCUUGGUCCCUGUUCACAGAUAUGGCAUUUAAACAGGGGCAAGUUCCAAGCUCAAGCCAUGAGGGAAUUGGAAAGGAGAUUAUGGCAAAGUGUGCUGGAGUUCCUUUAGCCAUAAGAGUAAUAGGCCGUUUGUUGUAUUUUAAAAAUACAAUAUCUGAGUGGCAGUCCUUUAAAGAUGAAGAACUCAUAAACAUAGAUCACGAAGAGGAUGGUAUUUUACCAAAUCUUAAGUUGAGUUAUGAUCAUCUCCAUUCACAUUUGAAACGUUGUUUUGCCUAUUGUAGCUUAUUUCCAAAGGGCUAUAUAAUCAAUGUAGAAUCAUUGAUAUAUCUUUGGAUGGCUCAAGGAUAUAUCAAAUCAUCAGAUUCAAGACGAUGUCUUGAAGAUAUAGGUUUUGAAUAUUUUACAGACCUUCUUUGGAGGUCAUUCUUUCAAGUGCAAGAGGUGGAUGUAUUUGGUGUAACAAGUUGUAAAAUGCAUGAUCUAAUGCAUGAUCUUGCUGCAUUAGUGGCUGGAGGAGAGAGUACACUUUUAAAUUCGAAAGCAGAAUGUAUUGAUGAAAGAGUUCGACAUGUAUUUUUUGUUGAUGAAUUAGACUCAUGGGGGCAUGUGUCUUCUUCCUUGCUUAAUGCAAGGAAGGUACGAACUUUUGCUGCGCCAAUUUGUAAAAGUGAGGAAGAUCACUGCCAUGUAAUUUUUUCUAAUUUGAAACGUUUGAGAGUGCUAAACUUGCAUAAUUCUGGAGUUGAGACAAUUCCACGUAGUAUUGCCAAAUUGAAGCACAUAAGAUAUCUUGAUCUUUCUCAUAACAAGGGCAUUGAAUUGCUUCCUGAUUCCAUAACUAAACUCCAAACCCUGCAAGUGCUCAAACUGACCAAGUGUGAAAGGCUUAGGCAGUUGCCAAAACGUAUCAAAAAAUUGGUCAGUCUGAGGCUUCUGAACAUAGGGGGUUGUGAUGGUUUGACUCACAUGCCUCGGGGACUUAGAAAACUGACAUCUCUCCAGAAUUUGUCAACUUUCAUAGUGGCAAAAGAUAAUGGCAUCUCCAAGCAUAGUGGUGGGCUUGGUGAGUUACAUGACUUGGAGAACUUGAGAGGAAGGCUGGAAAUCUUAAAUCUGCUGUAUGUAAAAAAUCCAGCAUCUGAAUUUGAGGCGGCCAACUUGAAAGACAAGCAACACCUUCGGUCCUUGCUAUUAUCAUGGAAAUUGGGUCUUGAUGGUGAUGAUGAUGUGGACAAUGGUGUAAAUGAUGAUGAAAUAUCAAUAGAAGAGCUGCAGCCGCACCUAAAUUUAAAAUGCCUGACAGUGAAUGGGUGUGGAAGAGUGAAGUUUCCGAGCUGGGUUUCUUCCCUUACUAAUUUGGUGAUCCUUGAGAUUGAUAACUGCAAAAAAUGCCAAUGUGUCCCAGCACUAGAUCAGUUCCGUUCGCUUCAAAGUUUGACAUUUAAGAACUUCUCUGAUUUGGAGUACAUAGAAAGUAAUGACAUGUCAGGAUCCACAUUAUUCUUUCCUUCACUAGAGAAACUCAUGCUCAUGAAUUGCCCAAAUCUGAAGGGAUGGUGGAGGGAAUCUUUAGUGCCUGAGUUGCUUCAAUUUCACCGUCUUGCUGAUUUGUGGAUUGAGUCUUGCUAUAGCUUGGCUUCAAUGCCAUUGAUUCCAUCUGUGGAAAGAUUGGAAGUGAGAAAUGCCAGCAUGAAGUCAUUGGAGGACAUACUGAAGGUCAAGAUUUCGGUGUCACAAUGUCCUCCUCUCUCUCGAUUGACAACCCUGAGAAUUGAGAAAAUAGAGGAUCUAGAAUUUCUACCAGAGGAGUUACUGCAAAACCUCACUUCUCUCCGACAUCUAGUCAUUGUGGAUUGCCUAAGAAUAACAACUCUGUCUAAUGCUAUUCGACAUUUAACCUCCCUUCAGGUUCUUAACAUUGAAGGGUGCAAGGAGCAAUUGUUGGAUGAUGAGAAUGAUAGUGGUACUCAGUGGCAGUGGCUUAGAAACCUCCAGCACUUUGUCAUCACAAAUUUUCAGAAGUUGACCCGUCUCCCAGAGGGGCUUCAACAUGUUACCACUUUGCAGAAACUCUCAAUCAAAAGUUGCCCUAAUUUGAUGUCCUUACCGGAAUGGAUGGGCAACCUCACUGCAUUGCAAGUUUUGGAGAUUGAUAACUGUCCUCAGCUGUCAGAACGAUGCCGCAAUGAUGUGGCUGGUGCAGAUAGGCACAAGAUUGCUCACAUCCCAAGCAUUAGAAUCAGUGAUUAAUGAACCAGUGAAUCUAUGAAAUGUGUGGUAUCAAGUGUGACUGGAAGAACCCUUCAUGCUUUCUUUGCGUUGUCAAUAUAUUGCAAUACUCUUAUAUCCCAUGAGAGAUGUUCAUGAAAACUCUUAUCAUUUCCUGUUCUGCUAAGAAGCAAGAUAUAAGAUUUUGACUGUUGGCUUUUCUCAAGGAAGACAAAAAGAGUUGCCUUUUAGAUGCACUCAAGUUUUCACUAGAUUCUGUG